GAGCAGAUGUGCUGUUUCCAAAAUGUUUGCCCUGUGACCUGGUGGCUUGACUGGCUUAUUUGAUCUUGUCUUGAUAUUAUUUUAAUGUUAUGGGUAAAGACUGACGGACUGUGAAGAGCUGGGAACCUCCAUCGGUGUCUUUGUGUCUGCGUCUGUCAGCAGAGGAAGAGGGUUUCAGGGAGCAGAGAGGGCAUCAUCACUCAGGCAUCCUCUUACUGGGCUCACUGGACUCAAGCCUGGGAACCAGACCAACGCUGACCAUUCUCAUCACGCAAAUGCACCCAGGUGUGCAUUUGGGAUUUCACCAUGGAGCAGAAGCAGCACCAGGACGAGCUCUCUGCAAGGAUCUCCAUCAACAGGCCCGGGAUGAUCCAACCUUCAUGUAGAGGAUCAUCACUGGUGACAGGAGUUGAAUCUACAGCUACAACUCAGAGACCAAACAGCAGUCUUUGCACUAGAAGAGCCCACAGUCUGUAAGACUGAAAGAGAGGAAGUCGUUGAUUGCCACCAGUCUGAUCGUGGCUGUGUCGCUCUUCGUGGUCGUGGUGAACUACUCGGAGAAGCCUUACUUCCUCCUGCAGCCUGUUUUCGGUCAGACGUUCAGCAGCCACUGGAUAUUCUCCAAGCAGCCAUACAAGGCCUUCAAGCCUCACCUGGGCUAUGUCAGCAUCCCCAAACAGGAGCCCCUGAAGCUGCACUGUGAGCUCUGCAGCAUCGUAUCCAGCUCCGGCCAGAUGUUGGGGCAGGCUGCCGGCCCGCAGAUCGAUCGUUCCCCCUGCAUCUGGCGGAUGAACAACGCGCCGACGCGGGGGUUCGAGCAUGACGUGGGCCGACGGACCACGCUGAGGGUCGUCUCCCACACCAGCGUCCCCCUGCUACUGCAGAAGCCCCAGUACUUCUUCGGGCAGGGCAACGACACCAUCUACGUCGUGUGGGGCCCGCUGCGAAACAUGAGGAAGGACGGGAAGGGCAUCGUGUACAACAUGCUGCGGCAGGCUGCGGAGAACUACCCUCACGCACGCAUCUACGUCACCACAGAGGACAGGAUGAACUACUGCGACAUGGUCUUCAAGAAAGAGACGGGAAAAGACAGGAUCCAGUCCGGCUCCUACCUCAGCACUGGCUGGUUCACCCUCAUCCUCGCCAUGGACAUGUGCAAAGAGAUCCAUAUCUACGGCAUGAUAAAUGACACCUACUGCAAGACAGAGGGUUACAGAAAGGUCCCUUACCACUACUACGAGGCCGGCAGCCGGGACGAGUGUGCGGAGUAUCAGCUCCACGAGAGCGCCCCCUAUGGAGGACAUCGCUUCAUCACAGAGAAAUCUGUGUUCGCCAAGUGGGCCAAGACUCACGCCAUCAAGUUCUUCAACCCUCCGUGGCAGCUGUCGUGACCCUGGCUGAACCAGCAUGGAGAUACCAUAUCAUCAUCAUCGUCAUCAUCGUUCAAGGACCAGCUGAAUCUUUACACUGACAGAAACCGUGCUCCAUAAUGUGCACAAACGUCCAUCUGGUGCACAAAUUCCAUCCAUAUCCAUAUGAAAAAGGUGUGUUGAGGGUCGUUUGUCAAGUCCUGGUUGGUUAGGGGUGGCGCCUCCAACAUCCAGGCACUUGUUUAUUUGACAACCACUCAAUCAGACAAAUCUCCAUUAAGGUUUGACCAACCCGGAUAGAAAAAGCAUAUCUCCUACUCCUUGAAUAUUGAGUCUUUUUCUCCUGAAUUUGAAAGCUGAAGGAAGUGCACAGCACACUGCUCUGCACUGACUAAUCGAUCCAUUCGCUGCUCUGUGAGUUUAGCAAAAGGAUGGCUUGAAAACUUAACUUUAAAAAAAAGGAGAAAACAACACAAAAAAGACACAUCCAUCCGUCAACUUGCAGUGGCCUCAGCAGCUCAGAUGUCCGCAGGCUCUGUACAUUGCUAAGGUUGAAUUCAAAUCUUAUUCAGGACUGUAGCUGAAGAGGAGCUCAGCGGCCGCCAGACAAGUCACGUUGCCAUGGACGUCUGACGAGCUUGCCCGCUCUGUUUCCUCUGCGUGACUGUUUUCUGUCAGGCUGUAAUUAAUCUAUAACGAGUAUCAUUCCGGCCUUCGUCUCUUGACUGAGGGGGUAUUGAAGGCAGAUGCUCUGUCAGCUUCAAUUUUCUCUGCUCCAACUAAAGAUGCUUCAACAGACAAGGUCAUUUGAAAAAGAAAACACAAGUGAGCAAAAAACUGAUUUCAGUCAUACUCAUAGGUGAACCAGAGGAGUAGAUGUAUAUCUGCUUUUUUUUAUUGUUAUGCUUGGUUGUUAUGCUGUGUGUUGACUCACACACCUUAAAGAUGUCAGCUUUGUUUCUUUUUAAAUAAUGCUGUGAAAUUGAAUUUUAAGAGACAUGUUUUUGGUGUUGGCUUGAUGUCCAGAUGCUAAUUUAUUCUGCAGAGAUAAGUUCCUAACGCUCUUUAACAGUGUGCCAUUGAUAAUAUGAGCAUCACAGCAUAUAGAGCAAUGUGCAAUUAGAAACCCCAUCCUUACGGAAGGAGUUAAGUCAUUUGUGACCCCGCUGAGGGAGAGAUUUAUGUGUGCAGUGAAACCAUUUGAAGUUAAUUGUAUUCUAUUAUCGUUUUGUGCCUGCAAUAUACUCUGCAGUUCAUUGUAUGGAGACAGGAGAAGAUGCUCUCUCUCUCUCUCUCUCUCUCUCUUUCUCACUCAUCUUCUCGUCCAGCUUUGUGCCUCUUUGUGUACAGUAUCACUGUGUGAACACAUCUUCCCAUUUGUCUUUGGAGGCGGCGUGCGUGUCUCCUGGUUCAGGCCAUUACAUUUGAAUGCAUCUGUUCCAGGACAGCAAAAGAAUAAUCAGUGAAGUGCUGAGGUGUGUAGGUUGGCUGGUAGCUAUGGAGGGGGCUGAGACACUCCCACCUCACCUCACCUCCCACCCCUAUCCUCCUCCUGAGGCUGUGAUUAGUGUCCCGGUCAGAGCCGCGGCCCACAGGGGAGGACUGGAAGGAUUCAAAGACUUCUAAUUUAGGCGACUUGAUGCGCAGGGUCCCUGACGACUGUAAUAUACUGCAGCUGAGCUUCACAAUCUUACUUCUGCUGCAAUGUAGUGUUUACUCUCACACACAGGCACUCCAUUUUAAGGACCAUCUCUCUGUAAACAGAGAUUUGGUGAUUUGCAGGACUAUGGAUAUGUAGUGCUUUGGUUAAAACUGGGCUAAAUAUAAGCAUGAAAGUCCAUUUUUGAUCCUGGAAACAAUAGCUUGACAGAAGUAGUUUUUGGGCUGAAUUUGUCUGCUAGAUCCUUCACACUGUUUCAACAGCACUUCACCGACUACAUUGUCAAUACAGGUUAAACCCACACAGUGAAACAUAUUCUUUGAAAUCCUGCUGAAGCAAUUGUUAUUUUUAGAUGUCUAGAAAACCUGCCUUUCUCCACUGCAAGAGCUUUUCCAUGAACAUUUUUUGAAACUCACAAACUUAAUUUUCAAUCAAACUGUUUAAACCAGAGGAGCAAGGCUCUAAAAUUAGUUCCUGGGCCUAAAAACAAUUCCCAGCAGUGAGACUAGGACUUUCUAAUGGGAGGAAUUUACAGUGCUGAUUGGUCAGUUACAAUUUAAUGUUAAUUGAUGUAAAAAAACAAAAACAAAAUUACAUUGUCCGUUUUGAUUAGUCUAGAAAAGAACAAUGAAAUAACCAUGAAACACUCAGCAGAUUGAGUGUGAAAGUUCAUUUUUGACGUUUAAACCUCAGCUGUACAACAGUAACUUACAAAGAAAACCACGAUUCUCUGUGGCACAAAUUUUGAACAUGAUCCAACAAAGAAAAUUGUUUGUUGAUCCAUUAUCUUCCCACUUUGCCUAAUCUUCAUGGUUUUUCAGAUGCAGUGGAAAAACAAACAUGGUCAUGCAGUGUAAUUUUGUGGUUCCUUAGUUCGUAAAACCAUCUGAAUGAAAAAGAAUUAACUUUUAAAGCAUAUUUAACUUCGUAACUGUUGUGUCAAACUGCUUUUUCUCAACUAAGUCAAGAAUGAACUUUCUUGAGCACUUUAUAGAAGUCUUAAAGGUGCUAUGGAUGAAAUAACAACAGCUACUGAGCUUACAUAUCAACAUAUACAUCUCAAUGGCAACUGAGCAAACUCCUUCUCCCGACAAAGACUGUGACAUGGAUGAAAGCUCCAGAAAAAGCUGUUAAUGUAGCAGAGUUGGGAUUGUUUUGUCAAAUUUAGCCCAGUUUUAACUCAAGACAUCUCAAGGUAUUUAAACUGCAAAUCACCAAAAUCAUGCUUAUGGGGGUUUGUGUGUCUGCGCCGUGUUUGGAAACGUGUUUGGCUGUUUUCGCAUCAGGAACAGAAAAAUCUGAUCUCUCCCAGACAGAGCAACACACACCUGCACAUACAGAGACUGUCCUGCAGCUCAGAACUCAAUACUCGUCUGUCCUGUUGUCACCUUGUCACUCAUUGUAAGUCAACCUGGCCAACAAGAGCAUCAGCAAAAUGUAAAAACACUCUAUUUUAAAUUCCUCCUGGUGUUGCUCAGCAGAUAGUAGAUGGCUGUAACACAGGCAGGGUCACGGGUCCGAUUUCCUCUGGGAGGACAUGAACUUGAGAGGUAUUCAGUCCCUGCACUGCGAGCAGCUGCGGAUCAUAAUAUCCACCACGCGAUGUAUGUAAAGCAGAAACAUCUUACAGUAUUACUUCUCCUGCUCAGAAAGACUGGAGAUAAGAUCUGGGCCUCAGGAAGAGUUUUAGUUUUAUUCUGUUCCUGUGGGAAAACAGACAUAGAUACUGAAGCGUGAAUAUGCCAUGCAUGUUACAUGAUUAAUGUACAUCUUUUAUACAUUUCCACUCCAGCCUGUGAUUGUGCAGUCAUCUGGCAGCUUUCCACCAAUCAGUUUUACCCCUACUCUACAGUAUAUCCACCAUAAAUUGUAAAGCACUUAACAUCAAGAUAAGAAAUCAACUUUUUCUGGGAGACAUCUUUUAUCACCAUGAUCUGAUUUUUAGCUGUGUUUUUUCUUGUAUUUUGUUUUAAAUUGUCCACUCACAACUGUAAGAAGAUCACUGUGUUUCUUCUGUUCAUCUUCUCCUUCUUUUUUUCUUUUUUUUAAAAAAAGGUUGCUUUUAUUUUUUGUUGAUGCAGUGGUUUGUGUGCAGCAUUUUUUUCUGCUGCAGGUCGCAUGUUGCCAACAUUUUCUGCUGCUUCAGGCUGUGCACUCGGGUUAUUUUCUGAUCAACAAACACUCCAUUGUUCUCAGCCAGAACACACUGCAAGAAUACCCAUGGAUGUAUUAUGCUGAAUAUUAUGGAGAAUACGCCCUCUUAUAGGUUCCCAUGAAUCAUUUAUGGCUCACAGGAAGGGGGACUGUAGACACAUUGCCUCUGUAACACCAUGAAUAAAAGUGUGGGCAAAGUGAGAGGCAGAUUUGUUGCCUUCGGAUAAAUCCAGACUAGCUGCUUCCAUGCUAGCUAAACUAACUGUAGCUUCAUAUUUACUGUGAUGCCAAUCUUCUCAUCUAACUUUCUGCUAGAAAGCAAAUAAGUAUAUUUACCAAAAUGUCAAACUAUUUCUUUUGAAGUGAAAAAAAUCUCAUAGAAAUACGAAAUUAUCCUUUAAAACUAAAAGUAUCGUUUUUUUCCUCCACUCAGCUGGCAUCGGUAUUCAUGGACUUAAUUUUAAGUCCUUUAUAGUGGCAAUGGACAACUUUUUUGGCUUAAACUUAUCACUGAGAAGUGAAUGUUGAUUGCACAACGUAAUGGCUUGGGAAUAAUAUCACCACGUUUAGAUUGAUUCCCUGUCUAGUGCUGCAGGAAUGAGUCCUAAAAACCCGGAAGUACGUUAGCAUUUUAGCUUUUCCGGUUCCCUCGUCCCAAAGUCAAUGUUUUUUUGUUUGUUUGUUUGUUUGUUUGUUUGUUUUUUUUUUUUAAGGAUUUUGGUUAGAUGCCUGAAGCAACGUUUGUGGUUCUCACAAGCGCGAGUCAUUUUCACGUGUUACUCUACGAUAUAAAAUGCGUCAUACAUAUUGCACUUGUGAUUUUUAAGCUUUUACGUGUCUAAUAGAAAAGGUUGCUAACAAGUGGCUAAAUGGGGCUACAGGGGUUGUUGACGUCAUAGGUCAGAACACACGUCUGUUUGCACCUGUCGUGAAUUCUUGUUGAAAAACUAAGGCUCACUUUACGGCACAAAGGAAGUGCACCUUCCCUGCUGCCACUGUGCAACCAAAACAGAAAGACAGCGCGUUUGUUUUCCCCGGUAGCUAGCUGUCGGUAGCGGAAAUGGCGGUUGGUGGAACAAUCGGAGUCACUGUGGAAACUUUACCCAGCAAAAUAAAACGAGCCCCGUUGACGGACGAGGCGAAGCAGGCAAAGAGGGAAAGUGCUAGCAACUGUAGCAAAACGAUGGUGAACCUCAGACGGAGAGAACCAGGGUCAGACAGGGAGAGAAAUUCAGCUCUGGACUUUUGGAAUUGUUUCACGGUCCAUCGGCUCACCGGGAUAGGUCCCGGUUGUUCCUAUGGCCAGUCCGACUGUGGCGAGAGCCCUGGGACUUUGGAGAGACUUCAAAAACCGACUGUCAGCUGGCAUUAUUCCUACUGGAUCAGUAAGUAACAAAACCUGUUUAUCAGUUAACAGCGCCAAGUGUUUUACUCUGCUUUUAUCACAGCACUGAGGUCAGGGUUUUUUUAGUUCAAAUUGGUAUUUUAAUGGUUGUUUAAUGUUUGGACAGUAGUCAGGCUGUUAGCGGCGGCCAUGUUGCUAAUGCUAAUGCUACCGCUAGCAACCAAAAACACUCAUUGUUAAAGCUCUAAAUAAAUAACACGUUUCCUAGCGGCGACCUUUCUUAAAUGAACAGUGGGGGAACAUUAACACCACUUGACAAAGCUAGAGGGGAAAAGUUGUCCAUUGCCUCUUAAAAAUGUCAAAGCAUUUAUUUUUCCGCAACACAUUUGUUUUCAAUUAAAUGGUCUGAUUUCAUGUUCUGAACAUUCAAGUUUCCUUGAAAAUAGUUUUAGUCAUUUUCAAACCUGAAGUAGAGACAUUAUUCUCUGUAUUUUGCUGUAUAUAUAUGCAAAUGGAGAAAAAAAACACACUGCUUGUCCUCAGCUGCUCGGCGACAGAAGUGGCGGUGGACUACUCAUAUAAUGCACAGUUAAAAAGUAAAUUGAAGGUCGCUUCCCUUCAAACACAGCGGGCUUUAAAAA